CAUUUUCCAGUGUAAAAGAAUAAUAAUUAUUAUUCAGACAUAUCGAACGUGUUCGGUUCUUUAUCGCUCUGGUUUAUAAUCAUCAGAGAUUUAUAUAUUUCAGGAUUGAAAGGUGGAUAAUCAUCCUGUAAACCUGGCAACCUCGAACCAGGCGGAUUGAAGAUGUCGGAGAGCGCGAGACACGCAGAGACCGGAAGUACAGGUGCAGCAAGUUCAGCUAAAGUGAUGACAUCACCAGUUUUUGAGAAGAAGCAUCAGAGAAAUGGUCGCUCCGCCCCAGCUCACCAAUCAGCCAAUCAGACCAGCCCAACUGCUGGUAAUCAGGCUGAAAUCUUGACUCCACCCUCUGUGUCAGAGAAAAAGCCUGUGACCAAUGGGCAUGCUUCACCUGUCCACCUCCCAGACCAGACAGGUAACCAGUGUGUGGAGUCGCUACUCAAAACAGACGACAGGAUGCGACUGGCCCGGGAGAGACGAGAAGAAAGAGAGAGGAGUCUGGCGAUGAGGGAGCAGGCUCUGUUAGAGAAGGAGCGUCGUUCUCGUCUGCAGUAUGAGAGAACGAGGGAGGAGAGGUGGAGGCGUCUGGAGGAGCAGAGGCAGAAGGAGGAGCAGCGCAGAGCUGCUGUGGAGGAGAAAAGGAGGCACCAGCUCGAGGAGGAAAAGGAGCGUCUGGAGGCUUUAAUGAGGAAAUCAUUGGAGCGAAGUCUUCAACUGGAGAACAGAAACAAACGCGGGACCUAUGGGAUGAACGGACAGAGCGACUAUACCCUCCCCCAUGACCUCAUCGCCUCCUCUCCUCCUACCAACGAAUUAGGCAACGUUCCCUCCAGUCCUCACAGGUCACUGUACUGUGCUUCACCCAGCCGUCACCGUGCCAACACUGUUGCCUUGGAGAUGGGCAGGGCAAAUUCAGUGCCAAAUACCCCAAAGAAGAAGAAGUUGCAUACAGAGAGAAGGACCCCAGCUGGAUCACCUGUUAGACGAGCUGAAUCUCCUGCUGAUGUCAUCCGGCGUGCGGUCUCACCAAAGUUUAGUCCUACACACACACACAGUCGUAAUCAGUCUCCAGUUCCCCGGCGUCAUUACACUUCGUCCCCUCUGAGACACAGACCCCCCACAAUCCUCACUGAUGACAUGGUCACCGUUAACAGGCAAGCCCAAGAGGGCAAAGGUCAUGACCCUGCAGAUAAAAAGCUACUGACUGAGAUGAAGGUCAGUGUAGAACAUGUGAGGGGAACCUGUAAAGCCCAGAGCCCCAAACCUACAGACAGUAGCACAGACCGUUCAUCUUUGACCUCUGGGAAGGCUGUUGCCAGGACAACGAAUGGGGACGAGGUGCCUCAUAUUUUGGCAGAACAACAGCGUCUCAGUCACAAACAGAAGGAGCGUGAGGAAAAGGACAGACUUAAAGCUGAGCAGCAGAAGAAGAACCAGGAGGACAUGAAAGAAAAGAAGAGAAAAGCAGUUGAAGAGAAGGAGUUGCAGGAGAAACAGGAAGUGGAGAGAGAGCUGAUAAAGCAGCAGGAAGAACAAGAGCGUCAGCAGAGGAAAAAGAGAAUUGAGGAGAUCAUGAAGAGGACGCGGAAGACUGAUGGAGAAUUAAAGAGAUAUGACAGUCAGGAGCUUGAUUCCCCUCCAUCAAACACACACUCACGCACUCUGUCUCCGCCAGUACUGCACAACACUCCAGCAUUAAACCCACCUGAUCGUAGAGGAAUAGCUCUAAAUGUGGAGAUUGCUCCUGUGACACCUCAGAGAAGCUCACCUAUGAGAGAGGAACAGAGCACUCAGGUGAAAAGGAUUAACAGUUCAUCAGAGAAGCUACAGAAGGCACAGGUAAAGAUCUCAGAAGAAAACCAUGAAAAGAAACUUCUUCCAGUCAAUGACAGAGAGCAAGAAAGAGGCCAGGUGAUCAGCCCAGAACUCACACAGAUGACCAAACAGGAGAGUGGUGGCCAGGUUAAAUGUCACUCCUCUGAACAAGUGAAGAGUCCACCCUCACAACAGGUGUACAACCAGAUGAAAAGUCCAACCUCACAACAGAUGAACAGCCAGGUGAAGAGUCCACCCUCACAACAGAUGAACAGCCAGGUGAAGAGUCCAAACUCACAACAGAUGAACAACCAGAUGAAAAGUCCAACCUCACAACAGAUGAACAGCCAGGUGAAGAGUCCAACCUCACAACAGAUGAACAGCCAGGAGAAAAGUCCAACCUCACAGCAGGUGAACAGCCAGGAGAAAAGUCCAACCUCACGGCAGGUGAACAGCCAGGUGAGGAGUCCAACCUCACAACAGGUGAACAGCCAGAUAAAAAGUCCAACCUCACAACAGGUGAACAACCCGAUGAAAAGUCCAACCUCACAACAGAUGAACAGCCAGGUGAAGAGUCCAACCUCACAACAGAUGAACAGCCAGGUGAAGAGUCCAACCUCACAACAGGUGAACAACUCAAUGAAAAGUCCAACCUCACAACAGAUGAACAGCCAGGUGAAGAGUCCAACCUCACAACAGAUGAACAGCCAGGUGAAGAGUCCAACCUCACAACAGGUGAACAGCCAGAUAAAAAGUCCAACCUCACAACAGGUGAACAGCCAGGUGAAGAGUCCAACCUCACACCAGGUGAACAGCCAGGUGAAGAGUCCAACCUCACAACAGGUGAACAGCCAGCUAAAAAGUCCAACCUCACAGCAGGUGAACAGCCAGGAGAAAAGUCCAACCUCACAACAGAUGAACAGCCAGAUAAAAAGUCCAACCUCACAACAGGUGAACAGCCAGAUAAAAAGUCCAACCUCACAGCAGGCGAACAGCCAGGUGAAGAGUCCAACCUCACAACAGAUGAACAGCCAGGUGAAGAGUUCAACCUCACAACAGGUGAACAGCCAGAUCAAAAGUCCAACCUCACACCAGGUGAACAGCCAGAUGAAAAGGCCAACCUCCUACCAAGUGAACAGCCAGAUGAAGAGUGAGCAAGUGAAUGGCCAGGCAAGCUCACAGGUGAAAACUACCAUGACACCGUCACAAGUGACAUCAAAGAAGACAUCAGAAAGCUCCCUCCCCCUCAGCCCAUUACCUCAUUCACAGUUCCCACCAACUCUCAGUGACCUGGAGUAUCUGGAUAAAGGGGACGGGGCAAGAAGGGAGUCGGCUGAUGCAGUGCAAUCAAUGGAGUUCAGCCCCAUCUCUAAAGAGGAACUGAUCUCAAUUCCGAAGUUUUCUCCGGUCUCUGAAGUUCAGAAAGUUGUGAACAGCACACGAGUGCUGGAGGACCUGCUGGAUCUGACUGGUCAUGUGACGUAUCCCAUAAUGCAGUACAGCACCACACACGGAGACCGCAACAAAAAUGUUAUUGAGCCAAAACAGACAACUAACACACUAAACAUGAGAAGCAGAAAGGAGUGAGAGGUGAACAUACACACAUUUACAUACUUACAUACACACACAGAUACAGUUACACAAAAACACACACUUAUCAAGAUAGUGUAAUGCUAACAGAACUGGCUGGCUAGUGUUAGUCACUUUGUUCACUUCUCUAUAAGAGUAAGUUGCUUAUGAACUCUAGUACACUAUUGUCAUAUAAUGUGAUGAAAAACCCUUUCUGUUGCAGAAUGAGGUGCAGACUUGUCCUAGUGUGUAAAUAUCUGUAUAUUUAUACAGUAUAUAUGUAAAAUGUUUGAAAAUUACAGCUGUCCUAAGCACAUGAAGGAUAAAUGAAACUUCAAAAAACAUAAGAGAAAAGAUAUGAGAUGUUCAUUACAUCAUUACCCUGUAGUAGAUAGUGUGUUAGCCUAAACAAUUAACUAGAGCUGCUCUAAACUGAACUGGACAGUAUUUAUGCUAAUAUGCUAGGAUUUCCUGCACUGCGUUGGUUUAAUGUUCAACACACUGUACGAUUAUUGUGUAGUGAUUAGUUUGGACAAAUGUACAGCAUUAAAUGUGCAUUUAGAUAGCCUGAGUUAGCCAGUAAGCUAGCUGUAUUAGCAAGCACGUUCUUUGCCUCAAGAGCUAAUUCACCAUAAAAAUAGCUGCUCUUGUGAGAGCAGAGAAUCUAGAGAUAAUAAACAUUAAUAAAGAUUAUGGGGCUUUUAAUCGAGUUUAAAAAUGUAAAAAUCAGCAGGUAACUCUCCUGGUAACGCUGUGUUGUAUUUAGCCGGCGAUUAGUAGGUCUGCAUUAGUAUGAAAACGCUAUUCUGCCUUGUGAACUUGAUGCUUUUACUAAAUCUCCUGAUGCACGAGCUCACUGUGCUGUUUUAUGCAGAAAUCUAAUUAUCCCAUGACCUUGUGGCUAGAAGUCCCACAUUCUCCAUUUGUAUAUUUCUUUGGAAAGAAAGGUACUGCUUCAUGUCCAUGUUCUCACUGUAAUGUACGAAAUACGAGUUCAUAUCCAGCUCACUUUUUCUCAGACAGAAAUCAGACCCAUGUCAGUGCUGUGGACUGAAGAUGGUGUUACUGUGUGAUGACACUGCGAAGUGUUUUAUUCAAAACUGGACUCAUCUUCUUCCUGAGUGAACAAGCUGCAUGAAGCCUGAAU